AUGGAUGACGCUACUGAGUUAGACGGUGUCGAGGAGUGGAUUGCCUCGCCGCGGAACGAGGUUGCUGCAGAGCCGGCAGAAACGGUUGCAACGCAGGUUGUCGAUUCGGCCACUCCUGAGUCAACCGGUUCAGUCGCUGUGAAGAAGCGACGGUUUACGCAGCAGGUUUUGCAGUGGGGAACACCGCCGCCGAAGCCCGUCGCACCACCUCCCCGUGCUGCCCCACCCCCCAUUCGUCCCCUUACAGACAAGGAGAAGAAGGAGAAGGCGUACCUGAAGGCGCAGAAGAGCUACACGUCUGAUUGGCUGCCGAAGUUCGACUGGCUGAUUCUGGACAAGACGCCAGAGGGUGACCCGUGCCUGCGCUGCAGUGUCUGCAUGGAGCACAGGAAGGACAACGCGCGUUACGGACGCAAUGGCGCUGGCGGUCGUGACCUGCAGAUCGGGUUGUCGAAAGGUAAGCAAGAAGUUUAG